AUGGGCGGCAAAGUGUGGUCUCCGGCGGAGGAGCGCGUCUACUGGCGUACCAUCGUCCCUCAAUCUCAGAAGCGCGCUGGUCGCGGCCCUUUGCCUCCAAAGAGCUGGGAGGAUUUGGCGGUGGUGAUGCAAUCAACAAUGCGCGAUGAUGCUAAGCGCAACUACACCGCCCUUGGACUCUUUGAACACUACUUCCAGAACAUCGAGAAGGGCCGCGUCUCGCCCAAUGCCACCAAGUAUGUGCGUGAGCACAAAGAGAUUCUCGCCCGAGUAAACCAAGAGGAAGAGGAGACUGAGAUCGAGGGCGAUAUCACCGAUAAGGACGCGACCAUCUCUGAUCACAGCCAAACAUUGCCUAGCUCUCGUACGGGUGAAACCACUGAGGAGGAAGAGAUGUCUGAUGCCAUCGACAUCUAUGACGAUAAGGAAAACCGACCUGUUUCCUCCACCCGCAAGCCUCUCACAUCCAUGUCCUUUUCCGAUACCAACCAAGCCGAGGAGGCUGACAUGGGUAUCGACCCCAGAGCCUACCUCUCAAUCUCUUACAACUUCCCUCGCCCUGGGUUCAAUUACCAACAUCCAACGUCGGCUGAACGCUCAACCAUAGACAGCUUGGGGGUGAGAGGUCCUGCCCCUGGAUUCGAACACCCUUACCAGGACUAUCACGAUCGCUUCCAAAACAAUCUGGCUCAUCGACGCAAUCAGAGUAUGUUCCUGCCGCAUGACCAGGUUCCUGCCCAUUUCCGCGGCAACCCCGCGGACUAUGAGCCCGGCGGCCGCUACUUCUCGCUGCCGGCUCCGGACUACCGCUUCGCUCAACCAACCCAGGACUUUUACGGACUUCACCCCAUUCAAACCCAGGCCGCACCUGGCCCCAGCCUGGGCUUCAGUGUCUCGAGGCAGCAAUACAGCCCGUCGACUGCCGACUUUUCACCUGGAAUGUCGUUUGAUGUCUCCAAUCACAGGAGAACGGGGUUCACUUCUGAAAGAAGCAGUUCCGGCCCUCAGUAUCACAGCUCACGAUCUUCCUCGUCCAUGCUUCAGUCGGCUACCAACGGAAGCUCCGCAGAUUACUGCCAUGCACGCGCUACGACCCAGAACGACUACUAUGGACGCCAACCCAGUCCAGCAUCGACUUCGGGUAUGCCCAAGUCAAGCUAUUCUGGCAGCAGCGCAAGGCCCGAGCAGACCCUCAAGAGAAAGUGGACGGAGGAAGAGUACUUCGAACGCCAGGCACGCCAGCAGGUGAUGAGAGACAGACAUGAUCAGCGUGGAGAACCCGAGGGAGCCAGCUUCCAGCACAACUCCGAGGAGUGGCGCAACGAAGGCAACCAUUUGAGAAGCCAAUACAACACUGCGCAUGGCUCGCUUCACCCAAGCCAACCCCCUUCCUCCGCUACUGUCAACGCCACUUCCUACUACACCUCGACGGGCCCUCACGUCUCUCAGCCUUUUGGCACCGAUGGAAGAGGCAAUGCCCCAGAGAACUCUCCGCCGACCUACUUUAGCGACGGUGAGGAGUUGUGGUAUAGUCAAGACAUCCCUGGAGCCAUCACAGACUCCGAGCCAGCGUAUCAUUACGGCAAGUCGGCAGGUGAACAUCGCCGGUUCGCGGCCUCGAUGGCUGUGGCAGAAGAGACUGGAGACCCGAGGGCUAUCAAACCAGAAGAUGGAUUCAUGGCCUUUGAAGUCCCUCCCCCUGCUGAACGCGGCUUCACUGGCGCAAACUCUGCAUCUCCUGAUCGCGUGCAGUAG